CAUCUUCUCCCACUCAGAUUUGUCUCCCUCCACUCCAGAUUCAGUCGACAGCGACGUGAAGCUUCAGAUGGAGGGAGGUUUUCCUUUGCGCAUUUUGAAGAUGUGUCACAGGAAGAGCUUCGGCUGCGAGCAGCCUCACGCUGGCCCCGGAGGCCGCACGCCAUAGCUGCCGCUGCAGAUGCUGCGUCUGGGUUAACGAUGCAGUUCUGCAGGAAGGUGCUCUGCCAGCCGUGCAGCGCCAGAGUCACCUCACCAGAGGAGGACAUGGAGUACAAGAUGGGGAGCUGCAUUGGAAUCUCACCCAAACAGACUGAAGCUCAGAGUCUGAGCGGCAGAGACAACAAAGCCUGGCCGACCCGGACAUCCAGCGGCCCGCCGUCUCCGCCGGUGCUCCCAGACGUCCCGGUCAUCGCAGGAGUGGAGGAGGGCGGAGGUGCUGCUGAAGACCAGGAGGACCAGGAGGAGCUGGAGUUCCCUCACGAUCUGCUCCCCAGUUUGGAUUUCAGCAGCGAGUUCAACAUCUGGGAGUCAUCGCUGGGCACGAGUUCGGGCCAGAAGAACCAUGAGCAGGUGAACCCCCUGCUGUUGAACCUCCAGCAUCACACGGAAGUCCCUCAAUCACUGGUGCUCAUAGACCCAAGGCCUCGCGGCUGUGAGCCGGAUCCCACGGACAUCCAGCCUUCACCUCACGGUGCCGCUGCACCUCGAUUGGGUCUCCGGGACUCACCCCAGUCUGCCUUCUUAGACCAAGAACUCCAAGAGGCCUUCCAGGAAUGUGAAGAGCAGAUGGUUUCACUGGGCAUGCCCACCUCCGCAGACCCUCAGAGGGUUUGUGACGUACACGAGACGGUUAGCAAGUCCAGUGAGUCAUGGUUGGCUCCUCCAAUUGCAGUUCAGCCGGGAUGUAGCAACGGUGACCAUGGAAACAGGAGUACACAUGGAAAGAUUGAGGCAGCAAACAGUCGGGGAGACACAGCCGUGUUUAGUUUUAGGGAUUACAUUCUGGGCACUGAAAACAAUGCUGGAAAAGCUGAGAUGAAGAGCGAAGAAACAGCAGCCGAGGAACUGGACAAAGGUUCAAAGCCAAAUGGGGAAGGAGGGAAAAAUGAACAGAGGGGAACGCCCACGUGUGUGCAAUCACAGCUAAAUACAGAGUCUUUGAGGGAACAUGGCAGCAAACAGAGAGAUGAUCCAACAGACGUUGGGCUCAGCUCCACGGAGGAAGGGAAAAACACAGCAAAGAGCGACUCCUGGGUCAAAGAAAGAAGCAAAAGUGAGGCAACAGAGACGGAAAACAUCAAGGAAGAAAAUCAAAACGAUGCCUGCAGUUGGAGAUCAGAUCUGAGAGACACAAACGCAGAUAGUAAAGGGAUAGAGGUGGAAUCACAAACAAAAGAAAGCAGCAGCUCAGCACACAAGAGGGAGGCCGGACAGAACAAAGACACAAAGAAAAAGAAGCACAAGAAAAAAAAGAAAACUGAGAAUGAACAGAGAGCAAAAACCUCUGAGCAGGAAAUGCAGGAAACUGCAUCUCUGGUAAAGGCUGGACCUCUUGUAGAUUCAGGGAGUUAUUUCUUAAACGCAGAAAGUCUGGGUGAAGAACCAAGCAGCGGACUUGCUUUCAAACAACAGCUGGGAAAACUCUCUGGCCGCCCACAAGCAUCCACUCAGGAUCAUCUUACCUCCCCCGUCUGCUCACCUGCUCCCACACUGAUGACCCAUCCGUCAGAUCACCACAACCCAGCGGAUCCUCAGAGGAUCACCGGCUACCGUGAAAGCUUGCAGCCUGUAGCAGGGGGAGAGAGAACACCCACGACACAUGUCCAAACUAUCAAAUCACAAGAGAGUCACGUUACCAAAGCAGCAAAAAUACUCAAGCGGGGGAGUCAGGGGAGCAGAAGUUAUGUGGGAGAAAGCUGCGUGGAGAGUGCCCUUGAAAAGGCUUCAAUGGUGGUUACUGCGUUGCCAGUGGCAACACCCACAAAGCCAGAAGUAAUAGAACGCACAGAAGAGGGAGAAUGGAGCGGCCAGGAUGUUUUAGAAAUCCCUGGAACAGUUUCGGGGAGCGAACAAGAAGAGAAAGCACCGGGAGGUGUGGAAGAGAGGAGCCUCCGCUCUGCAGAUGAGGAGGAGAGUGGUGAAACCCUGGACGCCCCCCCCCAGCUCUCGUUAAUCUGCUCACGAGGAAAAAGCACAGUUGCACUCUCAGCUGAGAAGGGACAGACUGCAUGUGAGGAGAGCUGCAGCAGCAGACGGACCGGCGGGGAGAGCGUCCGCACUUCACACGCAGAGAUCUCACCGGCUAACGCAGAAAAGGAGCCGCGGCGAGGAGAGGCCUCCCUGGGUGCUGCUCCCUCUGGGCUCUUUACCUGUCCUGAUUGUCAGAAUCACAGUGCUGCAGGAUUGGGAGGAGGAGGAGGAGAGGAGGAGGACGUUUCUGGGGAGCACAGGCCAUGCAAUCAGACAGAAGCCUCUGUGUCAUCAGGCGACACAGACCCACCCGCCGACUUUGCCGAGUCACGGCUGGAUUCACAGCCCAUCCCUGCUGUCACUGACCACAUCUUUCAUCUUAACCAGGAACAGUGUGGCGUGGCGACUCCACCCCCUCCUGCUCUCAACCAACAGAGCUCCAGCGAUGCAAGAGGAGGGAUACGGGCUCGUCUCCCACCGACUGAGCUGUCAGAGGAGCCGCCGCCUCCGGGACACGCUGGUGACCAGUCGUCCAUCACGGAGACAAACUGCUACCAGGUCUUUCAGCCUUCCGACUCCCCCCCGCCUUUAACUACGUCCCAGCAACACGUCGGCAGCAACCAGCAGCAAAGCAGUGCAGACAAAGCCAAAGGUGCAGCAGAAUUUGAAGACGUUACCAUGUCUGCAGUGUGUCUUCUUCCACGUGGGAGCAGAGAAGGUAACCUCAGAGUUCACUUUGAGGACAAUCCAAAAGGUGGUUCCUCUUUGGAUUUUGAAACCGUGCUGGUUUCUGUUCUGGAUUGUGCCUCUUUGCCUCCGCUGACUGUUCAUGAGAGUUUGCACUAUCCUGUCACUGAAACCAGCUACAUCUACCCAGACUACCUCCGCCUGAAGAAACCAGACAUCUCCAAAAUUCUGUCUGAGAAUGAAGCUGCGAGAUGCAGCUCUGCUGGUCAUCAGGAGACAGAGAGGGAUGGAUGCUUUGAUGCAGGACCUGAUGGGACUGAUGAGACGGAGAGAAACAUGGAUCUGUCAGGUUAUAGCAGCCUCGAGACGAGCUCUGUGGACGUACAGUCAGUGACUCAAACAAGUUCAGAGCAGCUUUUAUGUGAGGAAAAUCUGGAAGAGGUUUCCAUCAAAACUGCACAUUUGGAUGCUGAGCCUGAAGUCUUGGUUGGUGCUGACAUACUUCUGGAUUUCAUUCCUGAAGAGGAAGAAGGCAGCCUGGAUCUUCCAUCCGUGCCCCCGGAGGAUGAUGUUAACAUCACACCUGUUUCUACUGAGCAUCUGGAUGCAAUUCCCGAUCUUAGUUCAAAAUCAGCUCCAGAUCAGCCUCCUAGCCAAUCAGAAAAGCCUCCCAGUGAUGGGGUCGGUGUGGACGAUGUGAGGCUUUCUGAACAGCCAACGUCCACAACUGACCCUUCGGAUUCAACAAAAGAGGAGACAAAGACGCCAUCUUUGUUGAGUCACUCUGAGUUUAUUACUGACUGGGACGUUGCCCUCCCUGGGCAUGCAGAUAGCUGCAGUGCAGAUGGAGUCUGCACCAGUGUCUUCAGAGAGCUGGAGAGCCAUGAGAACCGUGAAAUGACGCAGACGUCUUCAGAGCAGGAUCUGGAAGAUUGCAAUGUCAGCGUUGAUGAAGAGAUUUGUCUAGAACCGGAGAGCAGAAACAAAACUUUGCGGUCUGUUGAUAAACUUGAGGAUUUUGUUACCAAUAAUGGAAAUAUUUAUUCUUCACAAGAGGAAAAUGUUCCUCUCACAGCUUGGUCUGGUGGUUCAGCUGGACUGCUGUCAAAGGAUGAAAACAAAAAAGGGCUUUUUCCUGACUCUACUGGUGAACAACCUAACAAAUCCACAGGGAACCACCUGGAAAAAGUCACCCAUUCUAUCAGUUGUCACCUGCCUGUUAAAGAUCAAACCUCCAAUGAGGUCAAAGAUGACACCAUGGAGGAGAAAAACAAAAUGACGUCAAUUAAAGAAGAUGGUGUGAGUGAUCGGCAGGAAGCAAAAGACAAAAGCAAAAACACUGAAUCAUCAGCAUUGCAGCACGCUCCAGAUAAUAAGGUUGUUGUGGAAGCUGGAGCUUUGCCAAUCAAUAAAGUGGAUUCUCCAUUAAUAAAUAGAUCUAUAGAAGGAGAAAGCAGAAAGGCAGAGGAAACCAUCCCAUCUCCCAGCAUAACAGGACCAUCUGAGAGGAUGCUACCAACCGAGUUAGAGCCCAGCAGCGGAUUUGAACGGGUUUUUAACCGACCUCUGACACCAGUGAUGGACCGCAGCUUUGACAAAGGGCUAGAUCUUGUCCAGUCACCGUCCUUGCAAGAUUUGAAGAGUUCAUCUCAGCCACAGGAGAAGCGUCAGCGACGUCGUUCCUGUGAGAAAGCAUCAGGUGACCUCGAAGGAAAACCAGUCAGACACAACACAGUUCUGAAGGGGAAGGAUGACGCAAAAUCUGUGGAGUUUUUGUGUCAGUCGGACAACAUGGAUGAGUCGUCGGCUGAUGACAGCAGUGACAAAGUAACGAUGAAUGUAAAGAAGGGCAGCAGAGCACAGGAUUCAUCAGAUAUGGAGGAUUUUGAGGUGCCUUCUCAUCCUCCAAUGGAUAUAAAAGACAGAAGAAGUGCUAUUGAGGAAAAAAAGGGGAAAGUCAAAGAAAACUCAUUAGUUGAGGCAGAAGGUCACGUGAUAAAUGAAGAAAGAGGCCCUGGGUUUGUGGUAAGUGAUGCACAAACCCAUAUUAUGUCCGACACAGAGACUAUGAGGCAUUGGGGUGCUACAGAUCAGCAAACUGCAAAUCUAAACAUCUCCAUAGAACCUGAAAUCUCAAAGAAUCUUACAGUUUCUGUUGAGUUUGCUUCCCAGCAGCUUGAACUUUCCCUCACACAAUCAGAGGUCAUCUCAGACGACCGUAGGGAGCUAGAAAACCAUCCUGAAGAAACGAAUAGCUCUCUGCGGGAUUCGACUGAGGAGCCUGAAACUGCCAGUUUCUCCACAGCUGUGACGUUUGGUAGCAGUGAAAUCAAAGAUGCAACAUGCAAUCUUCCAGAACUGCAAAGCCGCAAAGAAAUACCAGCCUCCAAAAUCUGGCAAACAAGCCAAACGAUUGCAAAAGACACAGAUGUGGAGGAGAUCCCAGAAGAUGAGCCAGCCUCUAUGGAAGUUAGUCAGCGUGGAAUUGGCCAGGUGUCCUCGAGCUGCCCCAAAAAUGUCAGUGGGGUGUCAGAUGGUGCUUUCAUGGCUUCAUCCGUUGAUUCAUCAAACACCCUGGUGCCUCUCAAAGAGAAACAACCGUUGUCAAAGUCGCAGGAUGAUGUCAUGGUCACCUCUGAUGAAUGCAGUCCACGAGAAGCUGCUCCGGCCUGCAGCUCUCAAGUUAAGCAAGAUUCUGUGAAGGCAGAAGGUGUUGACAUAUCAGAGAGUCCCGCUUUGGAGAAGGAAGCACAGAAGAACUGGAUAAAAGAGCUGAAAGAAGCUGCAAUGCUCUGCCACAUGGAGCAGGAGAACAUUGGAGAGGAGUUGAGGCCUCUUCCAUCUCUGGACUCUCCUCAGCUAAGCUUUUUAACUACCCCGGAGGAAAAGGCCGGUCUGCUGAGGGAAGAGGAGAUCCCGCCACCGCAUCAGGCAGCAGAAAAGACUCCACAACACUCGGAAUCUCUGAAUCUGUUCAAGAGGCCAGUAGAUCUCCCACAGCAAACUGCAGAUCUUUCCAGAUCAGCACAGAAGCCAGAGCUCUUGGAGGAAAAAACAGAACAAGGCAAGCCGUCAGAACCAACAAAAAGGGAAGAUCCUCCAGAGGAGCUUCCAGGAUCUGAAUGGGAACUGUCAGAAGCAGCAGACGAUCAGUCCGUAAAUCCAACUAAAACAACAGUUAAGGAAGAAGUACAGCGUGAAAAGACAUCAAAGCUUGAAGAGCAAGACAAAACCCUGCCAGAAGAACCAGAGCACCAACCAGUGGAUGUCCUUGUUAAAGCCCCAGUUGAGGAAACACCAGCGCUACAACACGAGGGAUCCCCCCUUGCUGAGCCGGCAGGAGGAGGUCACUCUGCCUCUGCUCCUCCUGGACCUCCUACUCAACAGCCCCGCCUGUCUGCCUUCCCCACCCACCUCCAAGACGCCACACAGCCCUUUGCUCCUCUUCCUCGUAAAGCAACCCCACCCUCCUGCCUGUCUCCUCCAAGUUCUGCAACCACUCCUCCACCUUUAGCGCACCAUCCUGAAGACCCUUCUGCUCCCUGCAACGCCCUUCAAAGGAGCUCAGACUCUGAUGGUGCUUUUGAAACUCCUGAAUCCACAACUCCAGUGAAGGUCGCUUCUCCCGUUGAGCCCCAUGAAGAGACGGUCACCUCUGAUGAUCCAGGUGCAAAUACAUCAGUCAGUGACGCUGCCUCAGCCACAGCUGAUCCACGGUGCAGUUCUCCACCCAUUACUUUUGACGAGAACAAGCCCAUUGCAGCAAGUGGUUCCUACAAUAUUGACAUCUUGGCUGGAGAGCCGACCGGUCACAGUCUGACCCGUUCUCUGAGCCUUCAGGGUGGAGAGCUGGAUAGCUCUGGUCUAGUGGAUGAAUCUGCUUCAGGAGGCUUCCGUCCACAUUCGGAGUCAUUUAGCGUAGGUACCGAUAGCGCACCAGGAACACUCCGCAGGCCCAAGAAAACCCGCCCCGGGUCGGUCAAGAAGAAGCCUUUGCUGCGACAGAACUCCAACCCCGAGAGCCCGAGGCAGACUUCAACCAGCAGCCCUCCAGAAAUCAAAAAGACAAAGUCCAGGACUGAAAGCCCUCUUCAGGCUCAGGAAGGAGCUGAAGGAGGCCCCGGAAGUCCAGGAGGGACUCUUCAGAGAGUUAGGAAGGGCCGUGUGGAGACUCCUCCUCCUCUCCUAGAGGAAACAAACGACACCAACGGGAAGGAGAAGGUAGAUGUUUCUGCUGUACCUUUGUGCCAAGAGGAGGUCGCGCCUCCCUGCAGCCUCACAGAGAAAGACGACUCUCCUGCCCCCCCCAGUGCUUCUUACCAAUGGGAUCCAGAAAACUUUGACAACAUUAACCCCUUCAAGACUGGAGGAAGUAAAAUUGCCAAUUCGCCCGAACUGAAUCGUAUAGAUCCAGUCGGUGGUGUUGUUUCAAGUCUUUUGGAGAGUCCUCCCAUCCCUCCUCUGGAACCACACCUCCCCAUUCCCCCUGCUCCUCUUGAACACCAAAUCCUAAAUCCAGAGGAGCAACCAGUCUUACCCAAGCCUCAGUCGGUGAGGCUGGAGUUUGACUACUCUGAGGAAAGCUGUGAGGCUCCACAUCAGGCCUCUCCUCCAGUCAGGAAAGUGGGAAAGAAGCCCGGUGCCAAAAUGCCUAUAAGGAAACCAAAGACUUUGUUGAGAAAGGCGCCUCCUCCACAGGAGCCGCUGGACAACAACCCUACUCAAGCUCACAAUGGCAACGAGGAGGAAAUUCCCAUUCACAAAGGCUCUUACAACUUUGACUCGGACAAAUGGGACGACCCAAACUUCAACCCCUUCACCGCAAAGAAAAGUAUUUCCAACUCGCCAAAAAUGUCAAGGGGGCUGUACAACUUCGACUCCAACAGCUUCGACGACUCCAGCGACCAGUUCAACUCCUCCAGCAAGGUGGGCAGUUGUCCUCCAAGAGCGUCCGCCUCCUUCGAUGUGACAUCCAACGACUACGAUAACGACAACGACAACAUCGGGGAAAUGGACAAUCAAAACCAGAACAAACCCAUCAAGAAGAAAAAAACGCCAAUUAAAUCGAGGUCCAAGGGUGUGUCGUCUCUUUGUUGUUUGUUUAACACUUUCAGAGUGAAGAGGUCACCAAAGAAAUCCCCGUCGGACACCUCGCAGGAUCCCAUGCCUGCAGACGAGUCCUCCUCGCUCCACCCUGCAGACGACCACGCCACAGACGAGGAGAAGCUGGCGUCCUCCACCAGCCACAAGUGGGGGCCUCUGCAGGACGUGGACUCAGAACUGAGCUCCGAUCAACAGGACUUCCCUCAGCCGUGCGACAUUGCGUCUUUUGUGAAUGAGAACCGCCUCCCUCAGGAGACUCCAGCGCAAGACUAUGAAAUUGAGUACAUGGAGAAGAUCGGUUCUGCCUCCCCACCGCUGUCGGCAAAAAAGCCGUCUUUGUACUUGAAGUUGGACUCUGUGUUGGACAGCUUAGCCAAAGACACUCAUGGGUCUGAGUCCAGCUCCCCCUGCACAGGGAGUUUUGAGGAGAUGGAGGCGCAGAUAACGGCGGGAAUGAAGACGCCGGUGUUGAGUGCGCGGCCUGGACCCGAAGGCUCUGCUGGGGAGAAGGGCAGGAAGAGGGAAAGCGAAGCCCUCAGCCGAACACAGAGCACAGAGAGGGACGAACAGCCCCCUAGCCAAGGCCCAGUGGAGGCCCCUGCUCCAGCCCAGGCCACGCUCCUGUUAGACAGGCUGUCUGAGUGUGGCGACCCCCUGCAGUACCUGGAGCCUGACCUGGCUGAGACCAACCCCGCUGCAUUCGCCCAAAAGCUACAGGAGGAGCUGGUGCUCGCUGCCCUGAGGUUAGAGGCUCUACAAGUAGCCAAAAACAUCUCUCAGUGCCCCUCCCUCUGCAAUGUAACCCCACAGUCGCGACUCAAGAAACCCGGCCCUCGGCGGUGGAACAUUAACGGUUCACCCUUACUCAAACACAGAGACUUCUCCUCUUCGCUAGAGAGUGACGUACCCAAGAGCUCGCUGUACUCCCGGACCGGCACCACCAGCUACAUCGACGGGGAGAGUCCUCACCUGCCCAGAGAUCUGGACCACUCAUUGGGAAUUGCACGAGAAGAGAUUGUGACAAAGGAGAAGGAAGUGCUAGAGUGGAAGAGGAAGUAUGAAGAAAGUCGGCAGCAAGUGUUGGAAAUGAGGAGGAUUGUUGCUGAGUAUGAGAAGACGAUUGCACAGAUGAUAGGCAUGCCAGAGGACGACCAGAAAGAAAAGUCUCUGUCCCACCACACCAUCCAGCAGCUGAUCAUCGAGAAGGACCAGGCCUUGGCCGACCUCAACUCCGUGGAGAAGUCCCUGGCUGAUCUCUUCCGCCGGUAUGAGAAGAUGAAAGACAGGCUGGAGGGCUUCCGCAAGAAUGAGGAGAUUCUGAAGAAAUGUGCUCAGGAUUAUCUGUCACGGGUGCAGAAGGAGGAGCAACGAUAUCAUGCCUUGAAGAUCCACUCAGAGGAGAAACUAGACAAGGCCAACGCAGAGAUAGCACAGGUAAAGAGCCGUGCCAAACAGGAGCAAGCGGUCUACCAGGCUAGCCUGAGGAAGGAGCAGAUGAAGGUGGACUCCCUGGAGCGGACGUUGGAGCAAAAGAACAAAGAGAUCGAUGAGCUCACAAGGAUCUGCGAUGAGCUGAUCUCCAAGAUGGGGAAGUGUUAGCAGCAAGGCAAGCUGGCUUGACGCAGAACCACGGAGGUUUAGCUUUCCAAAAGUUCUAUGGGAGGUUCUAUGGGAGGGACUUCGCUGUACAUUUUCUGGUCUCCCUGUGCAUUGUGCUGUUCUGAGACCCGGUACAAAGUUUUAAAAGAUUUAUCAUAUCACUAAUGAGUGUGUCUGUGUGCAAGUGUGUGUUUGGGACUGAGGGAGUGUUUGUGGGUUAAAUGAUGUUGCCAUGACAGCCACUGAGGGAGAAGACUGUUUACCUGCUCCUGUUGUUGUCUCCUCUGGAUCGUAGAGAAUGCUAGACUUUGGAAAUAAAAUAAAAAAAAGAUUUAUGUAGAAAAUGUUGUAACGGAACACAAACUGUCACUGGUAUAAUUUUUUUUUUGCAUGUAAAAAAAUACAAAAAAAUGUUAUUGUUUGUACAUAUUGUACUGUAGGAGAGUCCCAGUAUAAAAUGAAUUGUGCAUUUUUUUGAUAAACAAGUUAUUCAUCCGCUUUCUCUCAUGUAACCGUGUAGAUAUUUGUCAUAGCUUUUUCAAUGAAAUUGUGUAACUUUAUUUUUUGGAUUUAAUUUUGAUAUAAAUCAAACUAAUGUUGUUCAGUUGUGAGGAAGAGCUGAAUUUGGAACAAAUGUGCUCAUCCUGCAACAGCUGUCACGCCCAGAAAUACUCUGCACAGCUACUGUACAGCAUCGGCUUAUGAAGUGCAAUAAAACAUGGCAAUACAGCUUGACAUUAA